AUGCCGCAGUUCGGUGGAUUCCAAGUCACUGUGGGAAAGACUCAUGAUAUCAAGGCCGGCGCGGCAGAUGAUUUGGCGAAGUUGGGUCCGGAUGGCAACCAACUCUUCUUUUUGCUUCCACCGCUGUACUACAAGUCUUUCACCAAGAAAGGCAAGGAGAUUCGGCAGUUUGCAAUUCUUGUUCCGUAUCCCGAAGAGAUUUAA